UGGACAAGUGGCGUAAUACGUAAUCACCCGCGCGCUGGAUGUGAUGCUGUAGGAGAAACGGCGGAGCGUGGUCUGGUGGUUCGGUUUGCGGUGAGUCCGCGCGGCGGUGAAGGUUCUCGGCUUUUGGAGGAAUCGGCCUGGGGCGGGGUCCCCCAGGUAACUUUGGUGCUGGUGGAGUUCGUUGAUUCCUGAAAAAAUACAAUGGCAUAUAGAAGAGAUGAUAUUUGGUCUGAAGGACGCUAUGAGUAUGACAGACUUCCAAGAGAACGCUUACCUCCUAGAAGUCAUCCUGAGGAUGAGACCAGCUAUCGAUGGGCAAGGGAUGAACAUCCCAUAAGUAGACAGCCUGACUAUAGGGACACUAGAGAUGGCUUUAGAAGAAAAACUUUCUACUCUUCCCAUCACAUGAGAGAACGGUCUCCUCACAAAAGGGAAAAUCCAUUCUUCCGGGAGUCUCCUGUAAAUCGAAAAGAUUCUCCUCAUAGCAGAUCUGGCUCCAGUGUUAGCAGCAGAAGUUACUCUCCAGAACGGAGUAAAGCUUAUUCUUUUCACCAGUCUCAGCAUAGAAAGUCCGUGCGUGCUGGUGCCUGCUACAAACAGCAAAAUGAAGGAGAGCCAGGAAGAGGUAAAGAGAGACCUUCUGGCCAGUCUUUGAAAACAUCAAGAGAUACUUCUCCCUCCAGUUCCACAGCAGCUCCCUCAUCAAAGGUCUUGGAUAAACCUAGCAGGCUAACUGAAAAGGAGCUUGCUGAAGCUGCAAACAAGUGGGCUGCAGAAAAAUUAGAGAAGACUGAUGAGAAUAACUUACCAGAAAUUUCUGAUUAUGAUUGUGGGUCUUCAGCUCCAUUGUACAAUGACCAACCAGAAGAGCCUGAGACAAAUGCCACAGAUAGUAUUGAACUGUUUGAAGAUAACCAGGUAACCAGUCGCUCAAAAGCAAUAGCAUCGAAGACCAAAGAAAUUGAACAGGUUUAUCGACAAGACUGUGAAACUUUUGGGAUGGUUGUAAAAAUGCUGAUUGAUAAAGAUCCUUCAUUAGAAAAGUCUGUGCAGUUCGCUUUGAGGCAGAAUUUACAUGAAAUAGGUGAGCGAUGCAUUGAAGAACUGAAGCAUUUCAUUACAGAAUAUGAUGCUGCCAAUCAAGAAUUUGGGGAGCCUUUCUAAGAUUACAUGCUGAGGCAAAAGAUAAUGUACUUCUUUGUUGUUUUUUUUCUGGAUUAUAUAGAUCCUUAAUAUAUGGAAUACUUUUAUAGGUACUUAGGAAGAUAUUUUAGUAUACUUAGCCACACAUUUAGAUAUCUUUAUCAUUAUUAUAUUGAAAGAAUAUCUAAAAAUCUUUUUAUUAGCACUGAGCAAAGGUUCUUGAUCUAUAACUUAACAUAAGCUUUUUUUGUAGGAUGAAGAGUGUCAGUUCUUUUUUUCCAGUAUGCCUAUUUGCAAAAAAAUAUGUCCUAGAGGUUAGUUUUCUACAAUUGUUUGUCUCCAGUCUCAGACAGUAUACAAUCAUAUGCUUUGUCAUACGAAUUUAAACUUAGUUUACCAAUUAGAUAUUACUUUGAAAUCAUUUUUUUCCAAGUCAUUGAAAACCCUUUGAAUUUCCACAUGACCUGCAUUUCAAAAGUUCUAUGACUUGAUGUCAUGGUUUUAUUGCUUGACUUGUUUCUUAAGCCUUCAAACUUUUACAACCUUAAACAUUCUAAUAAUCUACUUUCUACGUUAGCUGACUGCUUGAAGUUAUCACAGUUUAAAUGUACUAAUUUGAUUGUGUAAAAAUUGCUUUAAAAAAUCCUAAAGCUCCAAUAAGUUCUACAUCCAAGAAUGUAGGAUUUUCAAUAUUAAAAGAUUUUCCACAAAUUUUAUAGGCCUAGAAAGAAUUCUUUAUCAACAUGAGAAACAAUAGAUUUUUUUUUUCCACAUAGGUCUUUAUUUCAGAGUUUAUCAGUUUGUCUUUUGUUCUGUGGAUCAUUAGGAAACUAACAGAUCGUACAAGUGAUUUCAGCUUAAAGGUUUGUUUAUUUAGGGACUCCCAGGACCAUGGAUAUUCUGCCAAUUUUUGAGGUUAGGUGUGGCAGAUUUAUUUUUUCUUUUUGUUACAUUAAUAAGUCACAGAGUUUCAAAUCAUGUUAUUAUUACUGCCUGCUUUCCUUAUCUGUCCAAUGUCUCUUCUCUAACCUGAAUUCUGCCAUCAUUUUUAGUGGCUUAUUUUGAUAAUGUUUUGAAGGCUUCCAAAUAGUAGGGACCAAAAUUAUGUUAAAUGUUCAUUUCCAGCUAGCCAUUUAUUUAAAAAUCAUGCUAGAAUGGAAAUAAGGAAACAGUGUAAUUGGUACUGGAUAUGAUGAGUACCACACCUGAAAAUUGAAAGAGUAAGAGAAAGAUGUAAUUCCAAAUCAUCCCCAACCUCAGCCUUGCCAAAUUAGGCCACUUUGAGUCAUAAUUUUUGAUACUUAGUAUCACAGUUUCUUAACCAUAAACUAGAAGUAAUCCUUAUCCAUCAUCCUUGAUAUUCUUCUCCAAUUGUCUGAGACUAAUUUGUUGGCUACCUAGCCUAGAGAAAACUAAGGCAACAGUAGUUUUAUUAUUCAAUUCUCUGUUUCCUUUUUCUUUCAUUCAAUUUUAUUAAGUAAUAUCACUUCCUGAAUAAAAAGUGAGAAAAUAUAGAGAUACCAAAAACAAUGAACAAUUUUUUUGUUGAGCAUCAUUAAAAAUAAUUUUACUAAGUUAAAGUCUAUCAGCUAACCAGUUAAAUAUAGUUUUGUUCUUCCUGUCCUCAAAACAUUGUGUUUAGUAGCUAAAGGUUUUUUGUGGUUAGCCAUCAAUAAUAUUUUUGGUAGGGAUAUCUGUUAAUUAUAGAAAAAAAGGUAGACUUUAAAGAGUAACUUUGCAGCAUGUAAAUUCAAAUGUGAACUAGAGUGGUUUAUGUUGUAAGUUCUCCUUCUUAAAAUGUUUUUAUUAGAAUUACCCAUUAUUUUCUGCAGAAUAUCCCCAGGUAAUGUGCUGUACUUUCAGUAUGUCUUCUUAAAGUCUUGCUGUGCAUGUAGUUGAAAUUCAAAGGGAAAAUGGAGUUUUGUGACGCCUACUUGUAUAAACUUUAAAAAAAAUAAAUAAAACAACCAGUUUGAAAUCA